UAAUUGAAGAAAAACUGAGCUGAACUACAAGUCUCUUUCUUAUGGUGCUGGAUUCCUCCUGCAGAACUGACGUGGGAUCAACGGCGAGACAGGGUCCUGGCAGACACAAGUCACCUUCUCAUUGCACUUAGCUCUCACUGGGGACUUACAUUUUGGAAGUACUCCUUUUUACAUGAUCUCCUCCAGGAUGAUGAGUUCAAAUCCCGAGGAGGACCCUUUGGAUGAAUUUCUUCAGUACAUUGAGGAUAUGGGAAUGAAAGCCUAUGAUGGCUUGGUUAUUCAGAACGCAUCUGACAUUGCUCGAGAAAAUGAUCGCUUGAGAAAUGAAACAAACCUGGCCUACUUGAAGGAGAAGAAUGAGAAACGCCGAAGACAAGAAGAAGCAAUAAAACGCAUAGGUGGAGACGUAGGGCGAGGCCACGAAGGGAGUUACGUGGGCAAGCAUUUCCGCAUGGGGUUCAUGACGAUGCCUGCCCCUCAGGACAGACUUCCUCAUCCUUGCUCCAGCGGCUUUUCUGUGAGAUCCCAGUCCCUGCACUCGGUUGGAGGUACAGAUGAUGACAGCAGCUGUGGCUCCCGGAGACAGCCGCCCCCCAAACCCAAGCGGGACCCUAGCACCAAGCUGAGCACCUCGUCCGAGACGGUCAACAGCACGGCAUCCUGUAAGAGUGGGAAGCCCCCUGACAGACCUGAAGUGUCAACCAAGCCUAGACCUCACAGUGAUGAAUAUUCAAAGAAGAUCCCUCCUCCCAAGCCCAAGCGGAACCCGAACACUCAGCUCAGCACGUCCUUCGAUGAGACGUACAUCAAGAGGCCUGGGCCUCGGCGGACGUCGCUCCCACGGGACUCCUCACUGUCACAGGUGAGCAGCCCCGCAGGGGACCCCGAGGAAGAGGAGCCCGUGUACAUCGAGAUGGUGGGCAACAUCCUCAGAGACUUCCGGAGGGAGGAGGACGACCAGAGCGAGGCCGUCUACGAGGAGAUGAAGUACCCCAUCUUCGACGACCUGGGCCACGACUCCAGAUGCGACUUUGAGCAUCACAGCUGUUCUUCGCAGUGUGCUACGCCCACCGUGCCUGACCUGGACUCGGCCAAGUCCCCAGUGCCAUGUACUCCCAAGGGGCUGCUCUGUGACAUCCCCCCGCCCUUCCCCAACCUGCUCUCCCACCGCCCGCCGCUCCUGGUGUUCCCCCCAGCUCCUGUGCAGUGUUCCCCCAACUCCGACGAGUCCCCACUCACCCCUCUCGAGGUCACCAAGCUCCCUGUCCUGGAAAACGUGUCUUACAUGAAACAGCAGGCCGCAGCGUCCCCUUCGUCACUGCCACCCCACAGCUCUGGUCACCCCAAGCUGGACAAGGACCAGGCCGCAGCCCUGGGGGCCGUGUCGGCCACCCCCGUGCUCUCCUCGUCCCCUCCUCACCCCUCCACCUUGUACAGAACGCAGUCCCCCCACGGCUACCCUAAAAGCCACUCGGCCUCCCCCUCGCCGGUCAGCAUGGGGCGCUCCCUGACCCCCCUGAGCCUCAAGAGGCCUCCCCCCUAUGACGCAGUGCACUCGGGCAGCCUGUCCAGGAGUUCCCCAUCAGUGCCUCACUCCACCCCCAGGCCAGUGUCGCAGGAUGGGGCCAAGAUGGUCAGCGUGGCCGUGAGCACCUAUGGCUCGGCCCCGGGGGGCUCACGCUCCAGGACCCCCACCAGCCCCCUGGAGGAGCUCACCAGCCUCUUUACCUCAGGACGAAGCCUGCUGAGGAAGUCCUCCAGUGGCCGCAGGUCCAAGGAACCCGCAGAGAAAUCAACAGACGAGCUCAAAGUUCGAAGCCACAGCACGGAGCCAAUACCAAAGCCGGACAGCAAAGAGAGAGGGCAUCAUGGAGCCUCUUCCUCCAGAGAGCCUGGCAAAGCUCAGGAAUGGGACGGAACACCUGGGCCACCCGUGGUGACCAGCAGACUUGGAAGAUCCUCCGUGAGUCCCACCUUGCUGGCAGGAAACCACAGUUCAGAGUCGAAGGUCAGCUGCAAGUUAGGCCGCUCAGCGUCCACGUCAGGGGUGCCUCCUCCAUCAGCUACUCCUCUCAGGCAAGCCAGUGACCUGCAACAGAGCCAGGUACCAUCAUCGUUAGCCAAUCGUGAUUGACUUCCUGUGAUGCUGUAACAUGCCAAACGCUUCCCACCUCUGUCUGUUGUGUGUCGCUGUAGACAACCCUCACAUCCGCUUUCCUUUUUCUAUGUGUGGAUGGGUGGGUGGGAUGAGCUGUGCAAUCUGUGUUUUCAUUCAAAAAUGAAAAGUCUAUCUACUCUGUGACUGGUGAAACUUUCUUUGAUGUUUGUGAUCAAAUCG